GAGUACAGUGAGCGCUGUGAGCGUGAAUCGGAUCGCAGCCUUAAACAUACAUAUGUGUUGCAUUAUGUUUGACAGAUUCUUUUCAAGAAACUCGGAAAAUCGAGAAGAAAUCAGCAGAUAUUUCAUUGGAUGCUGAUACUGAUGCUAUGCGUGCUGCAUUUGAUGAACCAUCCAAACGGCCGAAAAAAACUAAAAAACUUUCCUCCGAUGAGUCUGACAUCUCUGAUGCCAGUUCCUGUAAUACGCCACCAAUUUCCCAACAACGUAAAGAAAAUACACCAAAAACAAUUUCCACGAUAUCCCUACCAAAAUGUUCUUACAUUAAAUCAAAGCAACAAUGCGAAGGUAGUUUAACCAAGACAUCACAAUCGCAAAUGGAUGAGCGUGCUACAUUCUCCUCCAACUACGAAAAGACUUUAGACUCUACGCCGAAACGGAUCAAUGAUUUGAACGAAAAGCAAUACAAGUCUAAAAAAUUAUCCGGCAUCUCGUCAGCUAAUUUUGAGAAAACCAAGCCUGCAAUGAUGGAGCAUCAUCAAGAAUGGCACGAUGAAUGUUACCUAUCUGACAUACAAGAAUUACCUGGUUCACUGCAGUUAGAUUAAGAAAAUCAAACGAGGAAUCAUAACAACUGUUGUGGUAAAUAUAUAACUUCCUACAGAGAUACAUUAUUAAAAUAAAUUAAAAUUCAUUUAAUUAGCCACAUUAAUAUAAACAACAUAAAAGUGAUAUUUAUAUAAAUACUAUAUAUUUUGUUAUGUCUUUGAUGUGUAUUGUAUUAAAUACGUCAUUAUUUA